GAUCCGAUAUUUUAUAAAAUGUAAACAACAUGUGUAACAAGUUCAUCACAUUUAUUAUAAAUUUGGUUUUAAUUUUUUGUAUUAUUGGUUAAUCAUGCUCGUUUCUCGUUUUUCGAUUAAAUCUGUAACUAGUCCACUAACGUGCAAAUUAUGUCACCGCAGUUUUCGUCUAUCAGUGCCUAAUGCGUAUCUUCCCUCUCUUGCUCAAAUUUCAACCAGAAAUGUCGACCGUUCAUCCAAUUUUAAUAAACUUACCAUAAUUUCGAAGACCAGACAAUAUUGUAAUCGUGAAGUAGAUGAAAAUUUACCGCAACCUGCUUAUUCACGUUUUGCUGAUCAAUAUCGUCUCAAGGCUGAAGAAUUAAAAAAGAAUCUUUCUAAAACCACUAGGCUGGACAAGCUUUUCGAAUUAAUCUAUGACAAUAUCGAUUAUGUUGGCCGAAUCAACAGUGGUGUUUUCAUUUCUCGGUUGAGUCACUUAACUGAUCCUAGAGAAAAGAAUCACAAAAAAUUGACUCUAAAGCAGAUUGACUUUUUAACAAAACUAGUCUUGGUUAACGUAAAUGUCUUAGCUGAUGCAAAUUUAUUAUCUCUGGUUGCCAUUAUAUUAAGCCAAAAGCUUUCUGAUGAUCAUAAAUUAACUACCACAACUCUACAUGAAAUUCGUUGUCGUUUAAAGGACUUUGAAGUCACCAACUUAAUCUGGCUUUGGAAACAAAGUGGUUUUAGGAUGAAAUCAUCUGAAAAGUCCAAAGAAUGGCGCCUGCUAAGAGAGGAAAUUAUUAAUGUAGUUGAGAAAAAAGUAGAAAAUUUUCAUUAUGAUUUCCAGAAUGUUACUGAGAUUUCUCAAUUGUCUCGUAUCUUGCUGACCAAAUCAAGUUCUAUGCCUAUCCUCAAUGGUUUGAUAAAAAAUAUAACUGUUUUCACCGAGUCUAUCGACUAUGGCUUGGCGUGGGCUUUAUUGGUUCAAUUGUCAUCUCCAUAUCGACGAUUUGGACGGAUCGAAUCGAAAGAUUUAGACACGAUCUACAACAAAUGUUUCCAAGUAAUCCAAGACCAGUUUUACGAAAAUAAUUUUCAGAUGGACACUUAUGUCAAAGAAUUUUUUCUUGAUCGUAUGGUUGAAUCGCCUCAAUUUAUGAAAUUGCCAUACAAUCAAUCUUUUUUUCAAGCGCUUAAAAAAUUAGUGAAAAGAAACCAAAAAUACUUGGAACCCAAAAAAUUCAGUAAAUGUCUGGAUUUCUUCGGUUUUAACCGAUAUUAUCCUGCUGACCUGAUGCAAAGUUAUUGUACCUGGAUCACAGAUCACCCGGAUGAUUAUUUGUCUGACCCAGAACAUAAUCCGACAAACUUGGUUAAAUUGUUCAGUGAAUCAAGAUUUUUUGAAACAAAGAAAGAUCAAUGGAACAACUUCUCAAAGCUUUUAUUGGAUCCGGCAAAAAUAACUUGCCUCAGUCAGAUAGAUAAAUUUCAAUUACUUUCAUAUUUGAUGAUUAUGAACGAUUAUUCUCAUCUACAAAGUUUCUGUCCUGAAUUCGAUGGAUUACUUGAAAAGAUGAACCUUCAGAGGAGUUUAUGUAGAUCAUAUUUGCAUAUUUAUGCAGGUUUAUCCAAAGAGGAAUCCAAACUGAAUAUAGAAGGGCAGCUAAUUAAAAAAUCCUUAGACAAUUUGGCGAAGCGAGCUCGUAAAUCUUCGAUAUUUCUUGAUAGACCGGAUAAUAGUGAUGAUUAUUUAGAUGAGUUAUUGGCAAACGUGUUUAGAGAUCGUUCACUUUAUUCUAGAAGAGUUUGGACAUCAACAUGCGUUUUGUUAAAUUAUGUAUUUUUAGUGGAUAAGAAUGGCAAUUUACACAAAUUUCAGAGUCGAGGUAGAAAUAAUGUUGCCGUUUUAAAUGACUUAGUCCAAGAACUAAAUAAUUUUCAUGUUUUUGUUCUAUUCCCGAUCGAUGAGUCUCAUUUUUGUCAUGAACCAUUAAUUAUGAGAGGAAAAUAUGAUUUCAAAUUAUCAAUGAUUAGACACCACGGAUUCAUUCCAAUAAUCAUUGAUAAAAGAAACUGGAAAGAUCUCAAUGAAAAACAAAAGAUAUCAAUUUUGAAUCGAGAAAUAGAAAACGCUAAAUCAAAAUACAUCGAACUUCCCAAAUGACGUUUAGAAAGGCAAAGUAGGCAUAAAUAAGAAUUGAUUUCAAAUUUUCUGUAAAUUGAAGAGUGUGUAUUUUUGUAACUUUACACAGAAUAACAAUGUUACAAAACGCCCUUUGAAAUAACUUAGUCGUCCGUUAUAUUCUUACUGAUAGGUCAAUUAAAUAUGUCGAUAGACAAUGUGUAUAAUUUAAAUGCAAUGCUCGAGAUUUUAUUAAAAAUGUUUUGUUACUCUCAAAGUUAA